GCGGCGCUGGCAGCGGGGCCGGGGCGGACAUGAGGACCGAGAUCUCCACGGCGGCCGCGUUCGUCACCCGCCUCCUGCGGGCCGCCGGCGGGGUCGGCGAGGAGCAGCUGCGGUGCUUCCGCGAGUGCCUGCAGGAGGCGAUGCGCGAGCACUACAGGCACCACUGGUUCCCCCUGGUGCCCUCCAAGGGCUCCGGCUACCGCUGCAUCAGGAUCAACCAUAAGAUGGACCCCUUGAUAGGAAAGGCGGCGGGGAUGAUCGGACUGAGCCACGAGAGGCUCUUCCAGCUCUUACCCAGCGAAUUAACGCUGUGGGUCGACCCUUUCGAAGUGUCCUAUCGCAUAGGUGAGGAUGGGUCUAUCUGUGUGCUGUACGAAAGCCCCCAGCCUGGGGGCAAGGCGGCCAAACAGCUGGAGAGCAGGACCAGCUGCAAGGAGGAGUGGAGGAUUGGCAGAUCCAGCCCUUCCAAGAGUUACAACAUGAUGACGGUUUCUAGUUAAAAACAACUCUUCCCUGUACGAUGUUGUAUGUAUCCCAACCUCAUGGUAAAGUUAGAUGUAACUGAGCUCUUUUUUUUUUGUUUUUAAUUUUUUUUUUUCACCCUAUAGUCAUUAAAGUCGUGGUAGUACUGCCAAGUUCUUUGUGGCCAAGGGCUAAAUGUAUAAAGCAGUUCUUUACACUGCAUGUUCCUUUCUGGGCUGUGUCCUGUAAAUGCACUGUACAGUUGGUGGAUUGUUUUACACAUUUAUAUUUUCAAAAAAUUCUGCGUAUUUGUAAUAAAAAGCAAUAUUGUAGCACUCUUUAUGAUGGGUUUUAGUCAAAAUUAGUACUUGCUAAAAAACAAUCUCUAAUUUGCAGAGCAAUAACACAAGGGGGGUGGGAAACAGAUCUAACAAACUGCACAUAAAUCUUUCCAGUGAUUUGUCUGCACAGACUUCUCUCAGGGCCAUUCAAGUUUGACUGUGAGGCACAAAUCACAGAAAUAACUCUUUAUUUUUCCUUCUUCAAAGCAUGCAUUUAUUUGUGGGUUGGGUUCCAUCACACCCCAAUAUUUUAACAAAAAGAACUGGGGAAUUAGUUGUCUGGUUAUUUCUAGUUGUGGGAGUAGAAAAAUAAAGACUUGCUUAAAAUGCUUCUGA